AUGACCCUGGAAGGGCAUGACAAGUAUAUUCGAUCGAUAUCCUACUUUCCAGAUGGCCGGCAAAUGAUUAGCGGUUCUUGGGACAAGACUACUCGGCAAUGGGAUCUACAGGAAGGUAAAGAGAUUGAGGAAGCACGCAACGUUUGUGAACGGGGAAUUUGGACGGUGGCGGUAUCCAGGGAUGGACGAUGGGUUAUCACAGGAGGCGGAGGUCUCGGUCAUGCGGAGCUCAAAGUCGUUGAGGUUGAGACGGGAAUUGUAAAAAAAUUCGAAGGUCACUCACGAGGGAUCAGCUGCAUAGAUAUCUCCGCAGACAGCAGGCUCCUGGCGAGCGGAUCAUGGGAUCGCACCACGCGAAUAUGGAGCUUGGGCACUGGCGAAGUCGUGGCUGGUCCAUUCGAGAGUAUUGAUUGGGUGGGCGCAAUUCGUUUUUCAGCAGACUCAAAGAAGCUCGCAGCGAAGUCAGAGGGAGGGAAGUGCCUUGAGGUGUGGAAUCUCCGCACAGAGACUUUGGAUGUUAGAGUUGGGGAAUCUGGCGAAAUGCCCUUCACAUCUGCGCCAGUGUUUUGGACAAACAGAAACAAAACUAUCAUAGCCACAUUCACCUUCACAUUCGAUGAUGCGACAACGAUCUAUGAGUUCGACGCGUUGACACUGGAGACUGUCGGAGCUCCCUUUGAAGGGCAUACCAAGAUUGUUCGUGGUCUAGCACUUUCAUUUGAUAAUGCUCUCCUCGCCAGUGCUGCAGACGAUAACACAAUCAAGCUCUGGGCCUUCGAGUCCCGCCAGCUCCUCGCAUCCUUCAAUGCUCGGACUCCCGAAACCCUUAUCCUUUCACCCGACUCCAGUCAACUGGCUUACACGACAGGUCGCAAGAUCUGUAUAUGUAACAUUCCACUCAACAUCCUGGCCAUCAUCGGACGUGCACUUGAAGCACGGGGAGGUCAUGGUGGCAGUGCAGACAAAAAUUCAAGGCUCGAUCGCCUGCUGAAUUCUCACGCAAACCGUCGUCCUCCUGCAUUUGGCCGUCACCGAGCGACAUCGCUGGUCAUAUUGUUCGCCAAUAGGUCGCACAGACCUCAGCCUGAAAUACACCCAGAGCAGCCCGUUUUACUACAUCACCUCCGCAAUCUUUUUCGCUUCUCUUCUCGUGCAAGGGCUGUUCCUCCUAUCUGGAAAGAUCAGACUCAUGAUCCACUAGAUUUCUCCGCCAUACCCUCCAACCGUGUUCUCUUGGGACAGGCCAAAACUCACUUUGAUGAUGUCGAAGCGAUCUCUAUGCCCUACCACUCUGCAUAUGACGGCUCACAGCACACACAGCAAGCACAUCCUAAGGAGGAAAGUUUGCACCUCUCGAACAGAGCUAUGCAGUUCCUGCAGCAGCACUUAUCCUUCUGUAAGACAACACUCGGCUACGAGCCACCGGUCGUUGAUGUUGCAGCUGGACGCAAGUUCACGCGGCUUGCUGCUGCCAACUUACCUCAAUAUAAGAAAGUUGACGACACCCGACAUUCAUCCAAACAGCAGCCUGAGACGUGCAUUGGUGCAAGGCGUUCUUCUGCUACUAUUCGUGCUGGUCUCAUGGCAGACUGAGGAUCCCUCCGCGAUGGCACUUGGAGAAUGUGGACCCACCUCAACAAGAUGGCACGACGAGAACCGGUCGUGGUGGGGCUCGCUGUCACAACUAGUCUAAUUGUGUUCGUCGAAUGUCCUUUUAAAUUUUGAAUUCGGGAGAUGAUAGAAAUUGUCUUUGUAGAUCUCAGUGCACCACAACAUUCAAAUAUUAAAAAGAAACAUCGUGAAUUGAAAGCUGACCCCACUCAUGGUGUUUUGAUCUUCAGGUUGCUUCCAACGAUUGGAGUGAGCUACAAGGGACGGAGGAACUGCGACUCUAAUAUGACUCUACAAGCCUUGACUCGGUAGAAUCAUCAUAAUCGUUUCGCAGUCCUCGUCUCUCCAGU